AUUGGAAGAAUGGAACUAGCACAGCAUGUUCGUUUCGUAAUUGCUGACGCUCUUGCUUACCGUAAUUUUGCUGCGAUAAAAUUCAUAGCUGAAGAUGCAGCCUCUCAUCUGGACAAAUACUCAUAUUUCAGCGGUCUCGAGCAGAUGGUCUAUCCGGUUCGUUUUCUCUAA